AUGGAUGACGACGUGUGGCCACUCACCUGCGGACACCUUGCCUGCUUCCAAUGCUUAGGCAUGUACCUGGAGAGCCAGAUUCAGUCCAUGAAGUCCUCUCUGAAGUAUCAUCUUCCCUGCAUUUAUGCACCUGCCUGCUCGCAUGAGAUGAGAUUCCAAGAUGCCUCGUCCAUGAGCGCCGCCUUGCGCAAUCUAUGGAAGGACCUUCAGCGGCGCGAGCGGCUCAUACGCAACGCAAAGUAUGAGGUCCUGGAAUGCCCGCAGCCCGGCUGCGUAGGCGUGGCCUACAAGGAGCGGGGCCGUCGCUCGGCCAUGUGCUUCCUGUGCGAGCACACUUGGGAAGCCAACGCUGAUGGGACAGAUGAUGACGGUCAAAAAGCAAACUUCGACGGACGAAGGGUCCGCAAGUGCCCCAAGUGCCAGGCACCGAUCGAGAAGAAUGGUGGGUGCAAUCACAUGCACUGCACACGCUGCGGCCGCCACUUUGAUUGGACAGCCAGCCAGUCCGCUGGAGAUCCUAAUGCAGCUGCUUCGCAUGACGCCUCCCCAAGGGAAGGAGGCUUCCAGCAUUUUGACCCCCACAACCUUUUCGGCGGCCACGCGCAGGCUGUCUUCGGACAAGUCUUUGGCAACAUGCAAAACUGGCAGCAGCAGGCAGAAGAGCACCACGCCCGUGCAGCAGAGGCGCACGCUGCCCACCAAGAAGCCCACGCGCGCGCAGAGCAGCAGGCGCGUGCAGCCCACGAACAAGCGCAGCAGCAGGCCCGUGCAGCCCAUGAAGCUGCGCAGGCUCGUGCUAGAGCCGAGGCGCCGAAUCCAGGAAACUUCUUCAGCAACUUCAUGGGUGGACAAGGGCCAGGUGGCUUUGACCAGGCUUUUGACCAGGUCUUUGCGAAC